AAAGAACCUUUAUAUAAUUGCCUGGGCUGACGGCUCAAACGUCACCUUCAUAGGGAUCUCACGUCACUGCGUAGGCUUAAACUUGCUCGUUUUUGUUUGCUUAUAAUGGAGCGCAAAGUUGCUCGUGAAUUCAGGCACAAGGUGGAGUUGCUGAUUGAAAAUGAAGCGGAGAAAGACUACUUGUAUGAUGUCCUACGCAUGUAUCACCAGUCCAUGGAUUUGCCAGUGCUUGUCGGGGACUUGAAAUUAGUCAUCAAUGAACCAAAGCGUUUGCCCCUGUUUGACGUUAUCCGACCGCUCAUCCCACUCAAGCACCAGGUGGAGUACGACUUGCUAACCCCCAAAAGGUCUAGGAAGCUGAAAGAGGUGCGGUUAGAUCGGACAAAUCGUGAUGGACUUGGUCUGAGCGUCCGAGGAGGGCUCGAGUUUGGCUGUGGUCUCUACAUAUCACAAAUUGUCAAAGAUGGUCAGGCUGGUAACGUUGGUCUUCAGGUGGGUGAUGAAAUUGUUCGCAUCAACGGGUACUCCAUCUCUUCCUGUAUCCAUGAGGAAGUCAUCAGUCUUAUUAAGACCAAGAAGAUUGUAUCGCUCAAAGUCAGACAUGUGGGGAUGAUUCCUGUAAAAAGCUCAUCAGAUGAAGCCGUCAAGUGGCAGUUUGCUGAUCAAUUUGUGUCAGAAUCUGGGGAGAAAAAAAGCAGUGUUGCUGGUUUGGCAUCGAUUGGAGGGAAGGAGAUCAAGGAGAAGAAGGUCUUCCUAAGCCUCGUGGGUACCAAAGGUAUGGGCAUCAGCAUCUCCAGUGGUCCCACACAGAAACCUGGCAUCUACAUCAGCAACGUCAAACCGGGCUCGCUAUCUGCGGAGGUCGGACUUCAGAUUGGAGACCAGAUCGUGGAGGUGAAUGGGGUGGACUUCACCAAUGUGGACCAUAAAGAGGCCGUGAGAGUCCUCAAAAGCAGCAGGAGCCUGACUAUUACUGUUCUGACAGGAGCUGGCAGCGAGUUGUUUAUGACGGACGAGGAGCGUUUGGCAGUGGAAGCACGCAGGGAACGGGAGAGGCAGGACCUCAUGCAUCAGAAGAAGGUAGCCCUGGAGACUAACAAGAUCCUCAAAGAGCAGCAGGAGAUGGAGAGACAAAGGAAAAUGGAGAUCUCACAGAAGGCUGCAGAGGAAGAGCAUCGCUACAAGCAGGAGAUGGAGAGGAUUGAAGCUGUGGAGAAGAAACAACACAGAGAGUGGGAAGAAGACUAUGGUACCGAGCGGCCUCAGGCACCUCCGAUUCAGAGGAGUGCGUCACCCAACCCACCCGAGAUUCAAACCACUCCGUCUCCGAAGGCCAAAAGUUCUCCAUUUGGCUGGUUUUACCGAUAUGAGGGGAAGCUUCCUUCAUUCCGCAAGAAAGGAGAAAAGAAGAAAAAGAAAAAAGUGUCCAACACAGACACGCUGCAGGAGCAGCGAAAAAACAAAAAGGAGAUGGAGUUUGAGCUGAAAUUGGCCAAGGAAAAAGAAGAGAUGUAUGAAAAGGAGAAGCAGUUGAAGAUAAAUCGGCUGGUUCAGGAGGUUUCAGAAACAGAGAGGGAAGACCUAGAGGAGUCUGAGAAAGUCCAACACUGGGUAGAGUGUCUUUGUCAGACUCGCUUGGAACAAAUUUCUUGUGUGGAGAACGAGUCACCAGAGCUGUCACCACCACUUUCACCUACUUCGGAGCCCAAGGUGAAGCUUUUCCCCGGCGGUCUGCACUUAGCCACGACUGACCUGGAUGACAUUAACUUGGAUCACGUGGACAAGAGUCUGAAGGGGCCCCUAAAGAGACUAGCCCCCACCUCUCCAAUUAUUAGCCAGCCUCCCCCUCCUUUGCCUCUCCCACCGCCUUCACCCAAAUUAAACCCCACCAUCCCCAACUAUGCAUCUUCUAAAGUAGCUCCACAGCGUCGACCACCGUCUCCACCCAACGGUGGACGCAGACCUCACCCGACUCAAGGCCCUCACCCAGCUUCCUCCCAUUACCCCCCUCAAUCAACCCGCCCGCCUUCAUCACCUCAACCCUCCCCGACACCUACCCCACCGCCACCCCCUCCUCCACCUCCACCCCCGCCCCCUCCACCUCCUCCGCCACCACAACAGUCUAAAGAAAGAGUAGGCGGCCUCAGUGGAUACCGCCAGCAUCACAACCUGCCUCAGCCCUCAAGUCCACCCGAGCGUAGAAGUGAGUGGGAGACAGGUGGCUACCUCCCGAGAGGGGGCAUCUACUCAUCCAACACCAGUGAAGUGUCUUACCCUUCUAGUCCCAAGGUUAUGAGAAAUACUUCGCAUGCCAGUCGCAUUUCCACGCCUUCCUUGGGCUUUCAGAAGUACGAGGAAGACUUCGAUCCCCACUCUAUGUUCUCAUCGGACCAGAUCGCAGGACGAGACGUGAGAUUGCUGCGUAUCAGAAAGGUGGGACAGCUUGAUUUGGCCCUGGAGGGGGGCGCUGACUCACCUUUAGGGAAAUUAGUGGUGUCGUCUGUGUAUGAGGGAGGGGCUGCAGACAAGCACGGUGGCAUUGUCCCAGGUGAUGAACUUAUGGCUGUUAAUGGGAAGAUCCUACUAGAUGCCCCACUGAGUGACGGACAAAACUCUCUGGCACGAGCUUGGAAUAGUGGCGGGGACUGGAUCGAUGUUGUGAUUGCAGUAUCGCCCCCAAAACAUUAUGAAGAUGAAGUCCCAAAAGCAGCAUCAGUCAGUCCCAGUGUGAACAGAAAGGUGUUUGAAGGCAGUGCAACACUGUACAGGCACGGCUACCUGCUUCAGCCCUAACCCGCAACCCGAACAUUCUUCUAGACUCUGCCCAGAAAACCAAUCUUAAGAAGAAGUAGCAUUUCAUCCCCUCAAGGAUGCACAAUUCCUUUGGGAUUGAGUUAGUUUUUCCAUCACAACAGAUUAAUGCACUUUCGUGCAGCCUCCUGCUUCUUUGGCUCUUAGUGUUUGCAUUGAAAGUAUGCGAUGAACGAUCCUGCUGUGAUAGUGAAUUGCCUUUUUCUUGAGUUGUAAAGGAUGCUCAUAAUCAAUAAUUAAUAUGAUGCUGUAAUCUUACUGACCCUCCCCCCCCAAAGUCCAUGCUUUUAUCUAAUUGAUUGACUAGAUGUGUGGCGUGUUUCAGGCAAUGUCAGAUAGAGUCAACUCAUCUGCCCUUUCCAGAAAUAACAAAAGAAUUGAUGAUAGAUAUCUACUGUACAUCUUUGCUCCUCCCUUAAUGAAACUAGUAAUCAUCAAUCCAUCCAUGGGAGGAAGAAUCUGGAUCAAAUACACGCAUGCACAGGGAGAAAGGUCAACUCCACACAGAAAAAGGUCUGAAUAUUUGGACCCAGAAUCUUUCAAGUGUGAGGCAAACAUGCUGAUUAGUGUGCAGCAGAAACUAGCUAAUAUUGAAAUAGUACCUUUGUCCUCAUGACAUCAAGCUUUUUUCUUGUGUAAAUUCCUGCUCAAAGAUGGCCAUUAAAUUUUCUUUUCAUUUA